CAGAGCAUGUCAUGGGAUGUUGUCUAUCCUCAAGUUUUAUUAUGUAAAUCUGCUGUGGAGUGGUUUGAGAGCUUUCAAAAUGAACCCAGGUCAUUCUUGGGUGCUCCCUUUUUCCUAUUUUCAGCCGUUUAGUCAUUCAUAGGACAACCCAAUCAACGCAUUUGGAACGACAGGUAAUCAAUCGUAGAAUGGUCAAUGCUCUUCUAUGGGAGGGCUCGUUUUAGCUAUUUUCUUUUUUCUUACUAAUAUACUUCCUCGAGUUUGCUUGGACAUUUGCUGUUGCCACCUAUAUUUGAGGGAAGAUGCUACGGGUAACAACGUUGACACGACAGUAAACCCAGAAAGGAAAACCUUCAAAUUCUGAUGAAGUAAUAGAAGAACAGUGAGAGGAGGAAGAGAGACGAAAGACGGAAGGCAUGGAGGGGGACAAAGAAACAGAGAUGGAUAAACAUGAUAUGGAGAAUGCAAUUCAUCCCCAAUCAUCAGAACCUGAAACCCCUCCACCUUUCCUCGCCCAAAAGGCCCAAAGACCGAAAGGAGGGUGGAGAUCCGUAUUUUACAUUCUGGGGAAUGAGUCUUUUGAAAGGCUGGCUUCGAUGAGCUUGAUAAUGAACCUGCCGGUGUAUCUGAAGCUUAAGUACAACUUGUAUGGAGUGUUCUUGAUCAAUGUGGUCAGCAUAUGGUCUGGUAGCUGCAACAUAUUGCCUCUGGUUGGUGCUUUUGUUGCUGAGAAGUAUCUGGGCCGAUUCCGGACUCUCCUGCUUGGCUGCACGGCUUCUUUCCUGGGAAUGGGGAUGAUGACAUUAACUGCAUCUAUACCUCAACUGAGACCCUCCCCUUGUAACUCUCAAAGCGAUUGCCAACAGCCAGAUUUCGGUGACCUGACCUUCCUAUUUGCUGCUCUUGGAUUGGUUGCCAUUGGUGCCGGAGCCAUCAGACCUUGCUGCAUUGCUUUUGGAGCCGAUCAGUUCCAAGACAUCACGGAAAAGGGAAGAAAGCGGAUGCAAAGCUUCUACAACUGGUGGUACUUGUCAUUCACGGCCACACUGAUUAUAGCACUCGUGGGCGUCAUCUAUGUCCAAAGCAAGGUCAGUUGGGUUGUAGGUCUCGCCAUACCUACCACUUGCCUCGCACUUUCUGUGUUCAUAUUCUUGCUAGGCCGCAAAACGUAUAUCAGGAUUGAGCCUCAAGGAAGUGUCUACUCCAACAUGGCCAAAGUGAUUGUGGCGGCUCUUGGUAAGGGUCAUUUAGCUCGUGGAGAUGAGAACAGGAUGCCCUUUUAUGAUCCUCCUCUCGAUGAGUCGGUGCCACAGGUCAAGAAGCUUGCUCACACAGAUAGGUUUAGGUGUCUUGAUAGGGCUGCAAUGAUUGCUGAUCCUGGUGAGUUGAACGAUCAAGGAAUAGCCAAGAACCGUUGGAGAUUAUGUAGCUUACAACAAGUGGAACUAUUAAAGUCUUUGGUGGCCAUUGCACCUGUAUGGGUGUCGGCAAUUCUCUGUUUCCUAGCCAUGGACCAACAAAGUGUAAAUGGGAUACUUCAGGUGUUUCAAAUGGACCAAUCAAUGGGACCUCAUUUUCAGAUCCCGCCAAGCUGGUUGCCCCUGUGGUCCAUGAUUGUUCUCUCGGCCUGGAUCCUCAUCUACGAGUUUGUGUUGCCGAGGGCUUCGCUCAGAUUCUCCAGUAAACAAUGGAAAAGGCUGACCAUAGGACAGAGAAUCAACAUAGGCAUUGUAAUGGCGAUUCUCUGCAUGAUAAUAGCUGGGGUUGUCGAGGGGAAGCGGCGAUCUUUGGCUUUGCAAAAUGGAUCUUUUGUUUCGCCAAUAAGUGUUGGAUACCUCUUGCCACAAUUUGCCUUGUCGGGAUUGAUAGAAGCUUUCGCGGCUAUAGCAGUGAUGGAAUUGCUCACGUCCCAUGUGCCAGAGACUUUGAGGACUGUAGGCGGGGCGAUUUUCUUUCUCUCAUUGUCGGUUGCAAGCUAUCUGACAUCUGCUAUUGUGAGUGCCAUCCAUGGCCUGACCGGAAUGAAUGGGAAGAUGCCAUGGGUAGGCGGUCGAGACCUUAACGAGGGUAGGCUUGACUACUAUUACUAUGUCAUUGCUGGCCUAGGUGUUGUGAACCUGGCAUAUUUCAAUCUCUUUGCCAAGAAGUUUUUGGCUGGAGUUGGUUUUGGUGGAGAGGUAGUGUAGUUCGAUAGUCCUCGAAGUCUGUCUCUGUAAAUGGGGAAAUGGAGCUUGCCCUUGGCAAUGGAUCAGUUCCCUCCAUAUCUCCUUGCACAUCUCUUUUGCUUAAUAAAGUUUUAACUUUUUUCUUGAGAAAUGAACAGUAAAGAAAACUGCGUUUCGCUCUGGUUUUUUUUUGCUUGCUUUUUGAGUGGUGGUACCGUGUAUCCUUUCCAUGCUCUGACUUAAAUCUUUAAGGGCGUACUUAAAAGAUAACAGUAGAAGCAAACGAUGACGAAAGUGGGAACAGAUUUGAAGUAACAUGCUGUUAUGGAGAGAUUAACGCCAUUGAUCAGCAACACGUGAAUGUCAGGAGAUGCUGUAAAUCCUCAAAUAUUAUUGGAAGGAAUAUCAAAGGCGAUGGGUCUAAUUCAACGUAUGGUACCGAGUCGCCCGCUAGAAUAAUGCACGAAGA